AUGACCGGAGUGAAGCGCUUUAACAAAAUGGACGGCGAGUUAUUCCGUAAACUAGCAUCUAAAAUCGGAAUAACAUCUCCUAAAGUGUUGAGGUAUGUGAAGUGUGCAGGUCUAACAGCUGCUACAGCAAGCAGUACGGCUGUUACCUGUCUGGAGCUGGCAGCCACGGCCAUGAAGUGUCCUAUAGGCAAGGAGUAUGUCGUCAAGCUGUCAGGAUUGAAUAAGAAAGCGUAUCAGAGCAGCCUGAAGGCCAUGGAGUGCAUGCUGGGGCUGCAGAGCGGUCUAGAGCUCAGGGAUCUGGCUGUACAGUAUGGCUGCAUGGAGGCGGUGAAGGCGGGUGGCUCAGAUCCUUCAACGAUGAUGGCUUGCCAACGUCUCCUAAGCAACAGCGGGAACUGGCACUGAGGGAAGACGAGUAUGAGGAAGAAACGAAACAAAAUUAUGAGGAGUGGAAUAGAAAAAUCCUGGAAAAUGCUCUAAGAGCGACAGAGUGUGAAGGCUACACCUGCUGAUUUAUUUUAUUGUAUUUUAUUUUAUUAUUUGUCAUGUUUUUAGUCUUCUUCUUUAACAUUGCUCUCUUCUUUUUUGAAUUUAUUUAUCUUCCCACUUGAUCGUGUGUGUGUUUACAGAUAUUCCCUCUUCUGUAUUAUUUCACUUGAUUGCCUUGACAGACGUGUUUAGGGCACGAUGAUGUGAAGCCGUGCUGGUUUAUAUUCAGCUGCGUUCGUGUGGUUUGAUGAUGCUCAUUGUUCGUGUAGCCUCAGGUGCUUUUUAAUCAACCCCCUCAUUUACCUGUGAGUCGUUCACAUCAAGUGUCUUGGGCAGUGUGAAGAAGUGUGUUAGUGCUUGUAUUCAUAGGUACACUGUUUUACAUGGGGGGUGUGGGUGUGUCCAACACAAUCUGUACUACUGUUUUAAUAAAAACUAAAUGAUCAAACGGU